CUUCAUGGCACGUGCAAAGUGAACACUGGCAUUUGCUUCUCCACAAAGCAAGGGGAGGCCAUACUGUACAGUAUUUUCUUGCUGCUUGACGAUCCCUUCACGACGUUCGUUUGUAUUGCCAUAUAUCUAUAUCAUUCCCCAACUACACACCGCAACUUAUUGCCGCCCUGCAAUCGACGAACGUGUGGUGGCAUGCUUACGCACCGCGAAUUCUCGGCGUGGAUCGUUUCCAACAACCAACCGCUCCCCGAAUACCUCGUCGCGGUCGACGAAAAGGCUGGUAGAGUAUCGUGUUGGAUUCCCAGUGAGGCGGGCAAGCAAUUCUCAGUUCACUGGAGAGAUCAUGGUUCGAACGUGCAUACGUGCUCGUUCAUAUCCUUGGAUGGCUUCGUCGUUCCCGGCAGGUUUUUGUAUGGAACAGGGAACGCGUCGAGAGAAGGUGUACGGUCGGGCCCAACUUCAGAACGCCCGUUCAUAUUUGCAGAGUACCACGGUGCAUCCUCGAGUAGAGAAUGCAAUCGUAAUACUGGCACUAUUAUGCUGAAGAUCAAGCGCGUGAGCUUGGAUGGUCACAAACGCGCCAAUCCAUUUCAAACAAUUCCCGACGCAGGUUCACGAGCCACGGUAUCAGGGCAUUGCGUAGGGUAUGGUGAUGAGCGGCCUACUUAUGAACAAUGCCCUUCGACGUGGCAAAUUAAGCCAUACGAUAAGGCAAGCAAAGGGUCCUAUGUCACCUUCGUUUUCCGAUAUCGGCCGCAAGACUUCUUGCUUUCGCAGGGAAUCAUGUCGGAGGAUGACAGAACUGCUGAAAGCGCAGUACCUCAACGAAAAGCCCGUCCAUCUCAACGGAGAGUGACGAGUGCACCGGUGGCCACCACACACGCCACCGGUACUCUCAUCACGCCCAGCCCAACGCCUAGCCCCAAUACCAAGAAAAUGCAAUCUGUGGUGCGUUUCUCCUUUGCAUAGUCAAGGACUGCUGUUGAGCAUAAACGUGCAGAACACCUCUCUCAAGUCAUCUUUUCACUCUGGACUUGCUCGUCACCGGACGACGCAAAAUGUACGUACUGUUAGCAUGAACGAACCACGACGCAACGUGCCAUAUCCGGGAGAAGGGAUUCU